GUGAGGUGGCAACUCCUAGGAAUCCUGGAAGUGCAAUACUGACCUUCUCGAUCGAGCAUGCUCCUGGAAGUCCCCUCCGUGGUCAGGACAGAAAGGCAACCCAGAUUCUUAUAAUGGAACUCGGUCGGAGAUUGAAGGAGGCUGUGAAGCCACUCCAGAAGUCUCCCCUAGUCCAGGAAAUCCAGGAAAAGUUCCACCAACUCAGGAGUCCGAAUUCUGAGGAAAGAGUUGAGCGUAUCGAUACCAAUUAUCUACAAGACACCAUCGUACCUCAGAGAGUGGCCCUGAAAAAUGCCCUCAAAGACCCAGCUGUCGAGGAAGCUCUUCUGGAAUCGAUAGAUCCAUCGUAUUAUAACGAAGACUUCGAUGGCUCCUUAUUCGAAUUGCGGAGACUCCCGGAAAACUCGCAGCCGGAGUUGGUGAACAUCAAUCGGCAGGUACUCGAGAAGCAGCUCGCCGUCGUCACGAAGAAAGUAUAUGAUCUUAUCCUCGGGAAACAAUCCGAGUACUCUGAGGAGAUCGUUCACGUUGUCGAGCUUCAAGAGAAGUUGACUGCUUGUCUCGGACAAUGUGUUGACGCUCGCAAAGCACUCGGACGCACCCAGGACGAUUUCACGUUACAGAAUAUGAGAGUGCUCCGCUGCACUAGAUGGCGGAAUCUCCUGAUGGACACGUUAUCCAAGCUGUCUGUUAUUAAGACCCUACAACAGACAGAUAUCAGAUUGUACGAGCUUCUCGAGAUGAGCGAAUACCCAGCUGCGAUUCGACUCCUUCUGGAGUGCCGGAAAGCUCUCCAGGACUAUCAGCAAUUCGAUUGUAUGAAACAAUUGUCCUUGAAAUUCGAGCGCACCUUGGAAAAAACGGAGCAUCAGUUGGACUUGGCGCUAUCGAAGAUUUGCUUGGAAUACAACGAGGAAGUCUACAUCAAACUUUCGCUAGCUUUCACACUCAUGGGCAAAGGACCAAACAUCUUGAAUCAGCUGCUCAUGCAUUAUACAACCACUAUCCACAAUCUUUCCCUUGUUCUCGUUGCUAAAUACGGCAACGGAGAACCCGGCAAAAAACAGUAUCAGGAUCUCUGUGGAAUGGUCAACGAAGAGAAGUACUCAGAGUGUCUCCGAGAACUGGCGCGAGCUUUUUUCAAACUUAUGGUCAGUUACAGACAAGUGUUAGAAUAUCACGAGAGAACAGCGAAAGACGAAGACAGCGAGAAACUCUCCGACGACGAAUGCGAGAUGGUGAAUGGCGAUUCAGCACUGGAGAAGAGCUCAACUCCUAGCCCGGCUCCCGGGGCUGUCAGACAUCCUCUGGCCGACUCAGACGAUGAUCAGAGCAGAUCUGGAUCAUCUUCCGUCAACAGCACUCCGGUGAAGGAAAGGGUUGGUGAGAAAAGCCUAGCACGCCAGAAACUGAGAAAUGGUUUGCAUCGCCUGUGGCUGGACAUGCAACAGAAGUUCAAGGUACUCCUGAGCUCUUUCUGCUGGCAAACCAUCGCGGAAUUCGACAAAUUCAUCGCAGUUCUCAACAUAACUAAGGUGAUGAUUCAAGUUGGUGAAGUCUUUUGCGAGCAAUCGCAAUGCAGUGCAGAUCUCGAAACCAGCGCGGAAGACCAAUGUCUGCGCUAUUUCUACUCGUAUCAUGGCCAAAGUCUCGCCACUCUCAAGACCUACCUGGAGCACGAAUCCUGGGAGUUGAUGCCAGUCCGGGAUAGCUUCUCGUUGGACAACCUGCACGAGUUCUGCUUUCUCCAAAGCACCAAGGAGCCUUCCGCUACGCUGAGAUCUAUCCCCGAUCGGGAAAUUGUCUUCAGCCCCGAGGCUCAGGAUCCUUUCGAGAGCGAGCUGCCCCGCGUUCCCAGCGACCUCGAUAAUUCGAUAUUCGAAGAUGAGGGCGAGGAUGACGAAGAGGAUGAAAGGAAAACUCACACACACCGAUUUCCGCGGCACGCGAUGACCAACACUUCCCUGACGAUAUUCCGACUCCUCGGACGAUACCUGAAUAUGAUUGCAGCCCUCGGCGGCGGCCAGGUCGUGACUGCGCAGGGUUUGAGCUCUGUGAUAAACCUUUUCGAGUUCUACUUGCACACGAUUUUUGUCCAUUUCGCGUCCGAGAACACCGAAAAUUUCCCGUGGUGCCUCAGUCCGUCGAGUCGAAGGACGCUCCUCCGAAUAGGAGAAUCUCUAGUUGAGAGCAUCGAUGCCAAAACACCUCUACCAGCUCUGACCCCUCUGCAAGAUGGCAGCUUCAACAUGUUCAACAUGCGUAAGCGGGUUGCUGCUUGCGAGAGCCUCACGUUUCUGUCGGCACAGCUCCAGCUACUGCUGCCGCAGGUGGACCCGCAGAUGGCCGAGAAGUUGGACCAGUUCACAGCUGAUAUUGAAUGUGCUCAAGAGAUGUACCACUCCGUGUACCUCGCAGUGCCUUCCAGAUUUCUUAAUCUGCCCCAACUACUCGACGGCAUGUUCAGCGUCAAUUGGGAUCUGAAAGAUAUCCAGACGCAGCAUAGUCCCUAUGUCGACUCCUUACUCACUCAGCUCGUCAUUCUCGAGGAAACUCUCUAUGAGAGCUCGAUGCCAGAGGGAGUUAUUAGGAAUUAUUGGAUAGUCACGCUGCGUCUAUGUUCUCAGGCAUUCAUCGAGGGUUUCUCGAGUGCCAAGAAGUGCUCAAACGCCGGUCGGGCACUGAUGCAAUUGGAUCUGCAACAAUUUCUUUCGAAAGUUGAGCGGAUGCGUGUGAAAAUGAAGCCUAUCCCCGACCAAGCGCUCGUGGAGUCGCUCGUGAGAGCGUACUACCUUAUUGACAAACCUCUCGAAGAUUGGCUCCUGCAGAACAUGCAGUAUUAUUCUAAGAAACAAUUAACUGGUUUAUUGAACUCAAUGAGCCACUUGAAUCGGAAGUCCCGCCAAAAUCUCAUCCAGAUGAUCGAGGAGCUCCUCGGUUCUCCGAGCAGGGGAAACCGAGUCUGA